AUGGACCUGGCCUGUUUGGGGAGGUUCAGGUUCCAGGCCACACCAGCCAUCUCCCCUCCAUGGCCAGCCCAAAACUGCACUGUCAGCCCCCCAGCCCCUACCUGGGGCAACCUUAAGCCACCGCAGCUUCCACACAGCCCUGUGCCCUUCCUAGGCCUAGGCACCCUGGGCUGCCCAUGGAUCAAGCCCCAGGCCAGGAUCUCAGGACCAGGGCACCCACUGACAGAGCCAGCUCUUGGAGGCACCUCAGGGCUCCUGGCAAUACACCCACCCACAAGAGGGGCUGUGGUGGGGACAGCGGGCCACAGGGGCUACAGCCUGGUGGCCGAAGCCCCAGGCCAGCUCAGAUCCUGCACCGUGUUGCAGCGUCCCCUUGAAUGCCUUGAGGAGCCUUGGCUGGACCCGGGUCUGCAUCCAGAAGUGGCCUGGCCCAGUGACAACCCCAAGGUUGAGCCCUCCCCCCCUCCUGGCUGCUGCACUUCCAGCAGCCACCAGGCACUGCGCCUCUCCAAGACCUCUCCCUGGCUGGGCCUGUUUCCUCACCUGCACAAGAAAGGCAGACGGGGUGGGGAGUUCUGGGGAGAGUAUGCAGACUCUGAGAGUGACAGCAGGGCAGGUGGGGCCGAGGGCGGAGAGGCGCCUCCGGGCUCCCAGCCAGUUGGCAGACUUGGGGCUCCCAUCUCAUACCUCAUCACCCCAGCUCCCUUCCGCCCUGCCCAGGGUGCCCAGCCAGGGUCCGCCCUCCGGCCCGAGGAUGGCGGAGGAGACUCUGGAUGGGAGGGCUGGCUUCAGGAAUGUGCUGACCAGGCAGGCGACCCGCACUCUGCCCGCUACCUGUGGAUUUUGAAAGGCCGACCCGGCCUCGCCAUGAAGCUAGCCCUCGUGUUCUGUGCCCUGCUGUUCCUGGUGCAGCCCCCCGGCCUGGGCCCCCAGCCUGCCGCAGGGGCCCAGGAGAGCUGCGCCCAACGCUGUGGGGACAAAAGUGGGCCCUGCUCCUGCCACCCAACCUGCUCUGGCCUGGGCAGCUGCUGCACGGACAUACGGGACUUCUGCCUGGACAUCCUGCCCUACUCAGGUUCCAUCAUGGGCGGCAAGGACUUCGUGGUGCAGCACCUACACUCUGGCCCCACCGAUGGUGUGGUCUGCAGGUUUAAAGGGAGCGUGCAGACACGCGGCCACGUGGACGACAACCAGCAGGUACACUGCGUGUCACCCCUGGUCUAUGAGAGCGGCCUCAUCCCGUUCAUGCUCUCGCUGGACAACGGCCACACCUUCGAGCGCUCUGGCACAUGGCUGGCUGUGCACCCCAGCAAGGUGUCAGAGACAGAGAAGUGCACACUGGUGAAUGAGACCCGCUGGCAGUACUACGGCACCGCUGGCACAGGGGGCAACCUCACUGUGACCUGGAGCCCCAGGGCGCUGCCCACGGUCUACGUCACCAUCGAGCUGUGGGGUUAUGAGGAGACAGGGAAGCCAUACUCAGAGGAGUGGACAGCAAGAUGGUCAUAUCUGUACACCCUGGCCACAAAUGUCUCCAACUCUGGCACCUUCACCUUCUCUCCCAAACCUGCGCCGCGUGACUACCAGCAGUGGGAAGUGGGGGCACUUCGUAUCCUGGACAGUGCUCACAAGGCCGGGGAAAGGGACAUGCAGUCACUCUGGAGCAACGAGCAUGCGCUGGCCUGGCACCUGGGUGAUGACUUCCGGGCCGACCCUGUGGCCUGGGCGCGCACCCGGUGCCUGGCCUGGGAGGAGCUGGAGGAUCAAUUGCCCGACUUCCUGGGGGAGCUGCCCGACUGCCCAUGCACUCUGGCCCAGGCCCGCGCUGACUCUGGCCGUUUUUUUACGGACUACGGCUGUGAUAUUGAGCAGGGCAGUAUAUGCACCUACCACCCGGGGGCCGUGCACUGCGUGCGCUCUGUGCAGGCCAGCCCCCGCUAUGCCUCAGGCCAGCAGUGCUGCUACACAGCAGACGGAGCACAGCUCCUGACCGCAGAUUCCACCAGCGGCAGCACCCCAGACCGUGGGCACGACUGGGGUGCGCCCCCGUUCCUAGUGCCACCCCGUGUGCCUGGCCUCUCCCACUGGCUCUAUGAUGUCAUCAGCUUCUACCACUGCUGCCUCUGGGCGCCCGAGUGCCACCGCUACAUGCGCCGGCGGCCCUCCAGCGGCUGUCGCAACUACCAGCCCCCGCGCCUGGCUUCUGCCUUUGGGGACCCGCACUUCCUCACCUUCGAUGGUGCCAACUUCACGUUCAAUGGACGUGGGGAGUACGUGCUGCUGGAGGCCGGCCUGACCCAGCUCAGUGUGCAGGCCAGGGCCCAGCCAGGGAUGAUGCCCAAUGGCACACAGGCCCUUGGCACAGGGCUGACCGCAGUGGCGGUCCAAGAGGGCACCUCGGACGUGCUGGAAGUCCGGCUGGCUGAUGGGGCCAGGAUGCUGCAGGUUCUGCUGAACCAGCGGGUACUCAGCUUUGACGAGCAACGCUGGAUGGACCUUAAGGGCAUGUUCCUGUCGGUGGCCACUGAGGAGCGUGUGUCCAUCAUGUUGUCGUCAGGGGCUGGCCUGGAGGUCAGCAUACAGGGCCCGUCCCUGAGUGUGACAGUUCUGCUUCCUGAGAAGUUCCAGAACCACACCCAGGGCCUCCUCGGGACACUCAACGGCAACCCCACUGAUGACUUCACACUGCCCAGCGGGCGCAUCCUGCCUGAGACCGCCAGUGCCCAGCAGCUGUUUGGGUUUGGGGCUGAGUGGGCUGUGCAGAAUGAGUCCUCCCUGUUCACCUACGACUCCCACUUCCUGGUCAACAACUUCCUGUUCCGGCCCAAGCAUGACCCAUCCUUCCAGCCCCUCUUCCCUGACGAGGUCACUGCCUACUCCCACCUGGUGCAUGAGGCGAAUGCCUUCUGUGGGAACGACCCUUUCUGCAGCUUCGACGUAGUGGCCACUGGGAGCCUGAGCGUGGGCAAUGCCACAAGGACCGCCCACCAGCUGCACCGGUGCCGCAUGCAGAGCCUGCAGCCAGUGGUGUCCUGUGGUUGGGUGGCGCCACCUGCCAACGGGCACAAGGAGGGCACCAUGUACCUAGUGGGCUCCACCGUCCACUUCAGCUGUGACCGUGGCUACAGCCUGGACGGGGCAGAGGCCAGCACCUGCCAGGCAGAUGGCACCUGGUCCAUACCCACCCCGAGGUGCCAGCCAGGACGGAGUUACACGGUGCUGAGUGUCAUCUUUGGAGGCCUGGCAGUGGCCUUGCUGGUCAUGCUGCUGUACGUGCUGCUGCGUCGCAGGAAGGGCCACAGCCCUUGGGCCUCUGGCCCCCGGCCCCUGGCCUGGCAGGUGGCAGCUCUGUGGCCAGACGCAGUCACUGGUGGUGCCAUCCCUGUUGCUCUAGGGACUGGGGCCAUGUUCCAGGUCCCUGGGCCUUUAGCGCAGGAGGGUCUAGAAGCCAGAUACAGAGCCCAGGCCCCAUGCCGCCACCUGCCCUCCCUGCCCUUCCCCUGGGGGCACAGCGUUGAGGGGCCUGUGGAAGCCAAGACAACCUGGUCCCAGCUCAGCCCCAGCGUGGAGGAGGACCUGCCAACCCCACUCACCCACCUGGUACUGUUGCUAUUGUGA